AUGGACGAGGACAGCAGCUGUAGCAGCAGCAGCGGUAGCGAUAAGCCCAAAUCCCACUCGAAGUCAACAUCCACCGAGGACUCGCUCGGCGUCAGCACAACAUCAUCCACAUGGACCAUUCUGCCAUCGGACAGGAUCGAGGAGGUGAUGGACAAGCUCAACAGCAACGAGGAGGCCAAAGUUCCAGGGGAGUUUCAGUGCGGCGACACCGAAGAUAAGCAUGAAAACGACAGAUGCAACCUUGCCGUGGUAGAUGACUCCCAGGCGGAUGAUAUUUCCGAUGGCAUUUCCAUCAUCAGUGACUGCGAGAGCACCGAUCGCAUUUCCCCCCAUCCCUUUCUGCGUGACACCCUGGCCGACCUGAACUUCAACGAGCUUCCCAACACCCCCAUACGGCUCAGUCACAGAGAUAUGGGAGGAGUGCUGCCGCCGCUUCCACCGCCGCCGCCGCCACCGCACAGGCAGCGACGCCACAAGCAUACCGAAACGGAGCCGUAUGUGGAGCCAGAAAUGAAUUUCUUGCAGCAAGAAACUAAGCUUGAGGCCCUAUAUCGUAUGUAUCCGUUGAUGCAGAACAGCCUCACGGCCGUCUUCUAUGUGGGCGCCACCCUGGCCAUUCUGGGCUUCAUCGGCAAGCUGCAGCAUCCAGAGUGGCCGGGUCUUGGCAACGACAAACCCAUAGCCGAGCUGGAGCGCCGACUGGGCGAGCUGGAGAUGUCGAACAACCUGAUGCGAGCCGAAAUCGAUAUAAUGUCCAAGCAACUGCAGUACCUAAGCUCCGGGCAGGGUCCAGCCUAUGCCCCAGAUGGAGGAAUGUACUACAGCAAUGCCUAUGGCCAAGACCAGGACAAAGGGGGAAUGCGUCAGGGCAAAAAGUACAAGAAAUUUAAGGCCUGGCCAGGGCUCGGCGACUCCAUGGAACCGAUGGACAUAACAAAGCAGGAUCUAAAAAAGGCACACAAAUGCAGCGAUGGCCAGUACGUGCAGGUUGCCUCCAUGUGCUUGGAAAGCCCGCUGCCGGCUCCCGGAUCUCUGGUAGAUGAGAUCGGUGAUGCUGUCCACGAUGUGCUGCAACAGUCUCAAGCCUUUCGCAAUUUUGAAAAGGUCACCGAGAAACUGGGCGCACUAGGCACUGGAGGCGUCGAUGAUGAGGGCGACGUCACUAGUACAAACGAAGCAAAGGCUUUCCAUCCAGAUGGUAGAGAACAGGCAACAGGCAAUUACAAUGGCAAUGGCAAUUCCCAUAAACAACCCAAGCCGAAGGUGGAUCGGUACAAUGACAAGUACUCGCCGAAUGCCUCCAAGGAUCGCUACAAUGACAAGUAUAAUCCGAAUCACUCGCACGAGGGCAAGCGGGACAAUAGUCGCGGCAGGAGCAAGGAGGAGGAUUAUUCGAAGGAGCACAACAAGAGGCGUCACAACGAUGAUGCCUCCGGUAAGCGUGAGCGCUUCCACAAGAACGGCAAGAAGCAGCGCCACGCCAACAGCGGUGAGCGUGACGAGAGCGACGGCAGCGGAGAGUGGCAUGAGAAGCUGAUGCAGCAGCGCGAGCAGAGUCGCCACAAGCGUGACCAGAAGCGAAAGGACAACAGCAAUUGGUACAUUGAGCGCGGCAAUGGCCGCGAACAGGCGCGCUCCAGCGAAACAGGACGCUGA